CAUUUACAAGCGGAAAUUGCCAAGGGCUCAUGGCGAUAGUGUCUCUCUCCCAGGUCGACCGACAAUGGCAGUCGGGGAAGAAUGGACAUCGAACUCUUCUUCCCCCUUUUUGGUAUAAAGGCCUCUUCGGCUUCACUCUGACUGUGUUUCUUCUCGAUGAACACCUGCAGCAAGCUCCCAUAUUUCGCCAAUACCAUCAAGGGACUUCACCCGUUCCAGAGAUCUUAUCAGAACUAUUAUAUCAAGCCAACUUUCACUUUGGUCAAUCCUCAAUCCUAUCACUCUCCCCUUGAUUUCGCAAACUCAUCACUCCGUUGAGCAUGGCCGAAUUCACAACCCCUUCAACCCCGUCUGGCUUAUUCGGAUUCGCACACAAGCCGUCAUACUCUGCCAUGCCAUCAGUCGGUAUCAGCCCUGAGUCGCAGUAUGCCGAGUCGCAGGUCGACUCUGCCGCUGGCUCUGAGGCAGCCUCCCCACCGUCCGACAAAGGUGGCGAACAAGACAGAGCUGAUAUCAUUCCCGAAAAUCCGUUCGACAGCGAGGGCAGCAGGCUUCUGUUCGAUGCCAUUGACAAGCUUCAGUCCUGUGGAGUCAGCCAAGAGCUAGCUAUUCCUCAGCUGGUCAUUGUCGGUGGCCAAUCCACGGGAAAGUCGUCACUGCUUCAGAGCUUGACCGAUAUUCCCUUUCCAGUUGGUUCUGGCUGCUGCACUCGCUUCGCAACAAGGAUUGUAUCUCGGAGAACUGCGCCUGGAAGUCGCAGCUCUGUCAAGGUGACAAUUGUCGAGCCUGAUGUAACUGACAAAUUUGGCUAUCCACCGGAUGAUACGUACAAAGAAUUUCCGCCUUAUGUCACCGAUCAUCUAGGCGUCGAAGAGUUUACGCAACUCAUGAAAAAUAUUACCACAAGGUACAUGGGAAUCAAGAGAGGCCAAGGACUUGCUACCAAGAACUUUGCUUCACAAGUCCUUCGGAUUGAACUCUCGGGCCCUUCCCGAUCACACUUCAGCAUUCUUGACGUACCUGGCAUCUUCUCUUACGCUCAUGAUGUCAACGAGGACGAGGAGCAUGGCGUGAGACAGAUGGUUGGGGAGUACAUGCGACAACCAGCGAACAUCGUAAUAUGCGUGGCCGCCGCUACGGCUGAUUUAUCUACUCAAGAGAUCUUCAAGAUGGCCGCCAAGCUAGUUGACAAGAGUCGUCUUGUUGGAGUCUUCACCAAGUGCGACAGGCUGGAGGAUCCAACUGAGGUUAUUGAUAUCGCUAGUGGAUAUGGAAAAGACUCUACAAGAUCUAUGAAAGACGGUUGGUUCGUAGUGAGAAACCGAUCUGACGCCGAUGGUGAAGAGGUUGACUUCAAAGAAGUUGAACGCAAACUCUUCAGUUGCUCGCCUUGGGACAGGAUCCCAGAGAAUCGACGAGGCUCUGUGCAGCUGCAGAAAUAUCUCGGCAACCUUCUCUGCGCUCAGAUUCGAGGUAACUUUCCCGCGAUUCAAGAGUCAGUCCGGAAGUUGUUAUCGGAUGCCAAAGACAGCAGGAAGAGCUUAGGCGAGCCUCGUCCAAGUCAUAGUCUCCGUCAGCAAUACAUCAGGGAUGUGGUUGAGAAGUACCAUGCAACGGCAACCAAGACUCUCAAGAGCCCCGGAUCCCUGGCUAAGGAUAGCCUACGCAUAAGAGGACUGGUGCGUCGGGCAAACGAGAGCUUUUCAUCUCAAAUGCUUGCACGCGGUCAUACGUAUACCUUUGAAGAUCAUGGGGUAGACCCUAUGACCCAGCUCUCCGACACUAUCACCGUCUUGUCACCUCCAUGUCCACACACACCAACCGGGCAAGAGCAGGUUACGACGCCACCAACGACACCGCCUAAGAAGCGACAUGGACUGACGCCUCAACUACAUACCAAACCUCAGCCUAACCCCGUGCCGUCCUUCAUGGAUGAAAUCCGUGAUCAGCUCCACAUUUGGCAGACUACAGAGCUUCCCGGGAUGGUGAACACAGAGGUCAUCAAGAUUCUCUACAAAACGCAAUCAGAGCAGUGGCAACGGAUUGCAGAACAGCACAUUGAGAACAUUGCCGAUGAUGUAGAGACGGCUUCUAAUUGGAUCCUCGAAGAUGUUUGUUCGCCCGAGAAUUGUUCAAAAAUCCUGUACGAGGAACUGGCUCGAACCCUCACCCAUUUUCAGCAAGAAGCCAAACAGAAGGCACUUCGAGAGCUUAAGGAUCAUUGCCGACGGGAGCGAGAAUCUCACCUCCAGACGACUGACGCAAGGUUUCACGAAAGGCUGCAGAUACUACGGACUGUUCGGCUUUUAAGAGCGAUUGUCUCCAGUCCUGCCCUUCAGCAACGUCUGGACCUGACCAGCUCAAAGGCUCUCUUCCAUCAAUUCCACCACUCAAGCGAAGGAAACAUGGUUAACGAUGUGCAUGAUGUUGUUAAAGUUUAUUACGAACUUUCCCUUGAGGCUUUUAUCAGAUACGUCACCAACGACAUUGUCGAAGAUUUUGUGUCUUACUCCAAGGGGCCGCUCUUGGGAUUAUCCACGGACUGGGUCUUUAUGCUCACUGAUGAAGAAGUUGAGAAGCUCGCUCGCGAGGAUGAUGAGACAAUGGGAAGACGUUCGCACUUCGACGGGGUCAUUGGGAGGCUAGAAAUUGCGCAUGAAAUAGCCGAGAAGGCUAGAAUCCAGACUCGGAACCUUGGAGACAUGUGA